AUGGCUGACAGCAUCCCGUUAGAUCCGAUACGGAAGAGCUUGAGGAGGAGCAACUAUUUCUACCAGUCUGUCAGACAAGCGAGAUUCUCCGUCGACGAUGAGCCGUCGAGCCUGGACGAGAUGCCGCUGAUGAUGUCCGACGAGGCCUUCGAGAACGACGAGAGCGACUACCAAACGUUACCACGGGCGAGAGCCAACCGCAGACAGCAGGGCAUCGGCUGGUUCCUCCUCGGCGGGUGGAGGGUCCUCUGUGGAAGCUGCUGCGAUUGCCUCGUCCGAAUGUGUCGCCGAAAGAAGGAACUGAAGGCCCGCACUGUGUGGCUCGGCCAUCCUGAGAAGUGUGAGGAGAAGUUCCCCAAAAACUCUAUCCACAACCAGAAGUACAACAUCUUCACCUUUGUGCCAGGGGUUUUGUACCAGCAGUUCAAGUUCUUCCUCAACCUCUAUUUCCUGGUAUUGGCCUGCUCACAGUUUGUGCCUUCGCUGAAGAUCGGAUUCCUGUACACGUACUGGGCUCCUCUGGGUUUUGUGAUGGCUGUCACAAUGGUACGGGAGGCCGUGGAUGAGGUACGGCGCCACCAGCGGGACAAGGAGAUGAACUCGCAGCUGUACAGCAAGCUGACGCUGCGCGGCAAAAUCCAGGUGAAAAGCUCAGACAUCCAAGUGGGAGACCUGAUUAUUGUUGAGAAGAACCAAAGGAUUCCUGCAGACAUGAUAUUCCUGAGGACUUCAGAGAGGAACGGCGCGUGCUACAUUAGGACCGACCAACUGGACGGCGAGACUGACUGGAAGCUGAAAGUGGCCGUGGGGUGCUCACAGCGCCUUCCAGCAGUGGGGGAUCUCUUCUCCAUCAACGCCUUUGUCUACGCUCAGAAGCCCCAGCUGGACAUCCACAGUUUUGAGGGAAACUUCACACGGGAAGACGCCGACCCUCAAGUCCACGAGAGCCUGAGCAUUGAAAACACGCUGUGGGCCAGCACAGUCGUAGCCUCGGGGACUGUGAUUGGCGUGGUGAUCUACACCGGCAAGGAGACUCGCAGUGUACUCAACACGUCAUACGCCAAAAAUAAGGUGGGCCUACUUGACUUGGAACUAAAUCGCCUGACCAAGGCCCUGUUUUUGGCCCAGUUGGUUCUGGCCAUCGUCAUGGAAGCGCUGCACGGCUUCGUGGGCCCCUGGUUCCGCAACCUCUUUCGCUUUGUUGUCCUCUUCUCCUACAUCAUCCCCAUAAGCCUGCGGGUGAAUCUGGACAUGGGAAAAGCGGCCUACGGCUGGAUGAUCAUGAAGGAUGAGAACAUUCCCGGCACAGUGGUGAGGACCAGCACCAUCCCGGAAGAACUGGGCAGACUGGUCUACCUGCUGACCGACAAAACAGGCACUUUGACACAAAACGUGAUGAUCUUCAAGAGGCUGCACCUUGGAACUGUAUCCUAUGGCACCGACACCAUGGAUGAGAUCCAGAGUCAUAUCAUCCAGUCCUAUGCUCAGGUCAGACCCAAUUCUACCAGUGGGAGCACUGGCGACUCCACCACGGUUUCCCAGAAAUCCCAAACUCCAGGCCCCAAAGUCCGCAAGAGCGUCAGCAGCCGCAUUCACGAGGCGGUGAAAGCCAUCGCGUUGUGCCACAAUGUCACCCCAGUCUAUGAGCCAUCCGGCGAGACUGAUACGGCGGAGGCCGACCAAGACUUUAGCGACGACAAUCGCACCUACCAGGCCUCCAGUCCUGAUGAGGUGGCGCUGGUGCAGUGGACGGAGAGUGUGGGCCUCACCCUGGUUAACAGAGACCUGGCCUCCCUUCAGUUGAAGACGCCCGGCGGGCAGAUCCUGUCCUACAAUAUCCUUGAGAUCUUCCCGUUCACCUCAGAGAGCAAGCGUAUGGGCAUCAUUGUCAGGGAGGAGUCGACAGGAGACAUCACAUUCUACAUGAAGGGCGCCGACGUUGCCAUGUCCAGCAUAGUGCAGUACAACGAUUGGCUGGAAGAGGAGUGUGGCAACAUGGCCAGAGAAGGUUUGAGAACGCUGGUAGUGGCUAAGAAGUCGCUUUCUGAGGAGCAGUACCAGGACUUUGAGGGUCGCUACAACCAAGCCAAGCUGAGCAUCCACGACCGGACCCUUAAGGUGGCAGCGGUGGUUGAGAGCCUGGAGCGGGAGAUGGAGCUUCUCUGUCUGACCGGCGUGGAGGACCAGCUGCAGACUGACGUCAGGCCCACGCUGGAACUGCUCAGGAAUGCUGGCAUCAAGAUCUGGAUGUUGACUGGGGACAAACUGGAAACGGCCACGUGUAUCGCCAAAAGCUCUCAUUUAGUCUCCAGAAACCAGGACAUCCAUGUUUUCCGACCGGUGACGAACCGAGGAGAAGCCCAUCUGGAGCUUAACGCCUUCAGGAGGAAGCAUGACUGCGCCCUGGUCAUCUCCGGCGACUCCCUGGAGGUGUGUCUACGCUACUAUGAGCACGAGUUUGUGGAGCUGGCGUGCCAGUGCCCCGCCGUGGUGUGCUGUCGCUGCUCCCCCACGCAGAAGGCCCAGAUUGUCACGCUGCUUCAACAGCACACCGCCAAGAGGACCUGUGCCAUAGGGGAUGGUGGGAAUGAUGUCAGCAUGAUCCAGGCUGCCGACUGUGGUAUUGGAAUCGAAGGAAAGGAAGGAAAACAGGCAUCUUUGGCGGCCGACUUCUCCAUCACGCAAUUCAAGCACAUCGGCCGUCUCCUCAUGGUGCACGGCAGGAACAGCUACAAGCGUUCGGCAGCCCUGGGACAGUUUGUCAUGCACCGUGGCAUGAUCAUCUCGGUUAUGCAGGCAGUCUUCUCGUCUAUAUUCUACUUCGCUUCUGUUCCCUUAUAUCAGGGAUUCCUCAUGGUUGGUUACGCCACCAUCUACACCAUGUUCCCGGUGUUCUCGUUAGUGUUGGAUCAGGACGUGAAGCCAGACAUGGCGCUCCUCUACCCGGAGCUCUACAAGGACCUCACCAAGGGCCGUUCGCUCUCCUUCAAGACCUUCCUGAUUUGGGUUUUGAUCAGCGUCUAUCAAGGGGGCAUCCUGAUGUACGGGGCGCUGCUUCUGUUCGAGUCUGAGUUCUUGCACGUGGUGGCAAUCUCCUUCACAGCACUCAUCCUGACCGAGCUCCUGAUGGUGGCGCUGACGGUGCGCACGUGGCACUGGCUGAUGGUGGUGGCCGAGUUUCUCAGCCUGGGCUGCUACCUGGCCUCUCUCGCCUUCCUCAACGAGUACUUUGGCAUAGGCAGAGUGUCCCUUGGAGCUUUUCUUGAUUUGGCCUUCAUCAUCACGUGGCCUUUCCUGUGGAAGGUGUCAGCCAUCACGCUGGUCAGCUGCCUACCGCUGUAUAUCAUCAAGUACCUGAAGCGAAAAUUCUCUCCGUCGAGCUACUCCAAACUUGCCUCCUGA